ACACAAUUUUUUACAGUCUGCUUUCCAUAUCAGGGUAUGCUUGUGUAAAUAACUCAUAUCGUAUGCUUCAAACAAUCUCUGUGUUUCUGGGGAGAUAAAGGCAGGGAGAGUCUUUUGAUUGUAAUUUUCAAAUUGAUGUGAUACAAAUAGACGCUGGGCAAGCUGCCAUGUUCUGGGACAACACCAACAGCACCGUUUCUGUCUACACCCAGCGUAAGCUCUGAGGUAAGAGAGAGGUGUCAGUUUCAGAGGCGAUUACCUCUGGACUUAGUGACAUGAUGCCCCUUGCAGAGCUCUGGUAAUGGCCAGCUGGUUUGUUUAUCUGGGAUUGAAAUGAUAUGCGCUCAAAGCAAGGUCGAGCUGGGAUUAGAGGGAUGCGGGAGCCAUCAGUCAGAGGAGCUGCUCUCUCUUGGCCACAGAAUCAGCACACAUCAGCUGGUGCGUUGUGGAGCUCAGCUUUGGGGAUUUAUGAGGAUGUAAUACUUGAUUUUUAGGGUUUUGAGGAGUGGGGGACACUUGGGUUUGUAUGUACCCAUGAGAUAGUUUGGGUGGACUGAUUGAAGUCAUGUUUGUAAGUGUUUCUCGGCUGUUUUGUUGACAGGCGGCUGUGACAUAUUUAAAGGAUUAGUAGCUCAAUGGACGUGAGGCUUUUGGCCUCUUAAAAUAGAGAGAGAGAGAGAGAGAGAGAGAGACACUCAAGAAAACAAAACUGCAGUCAGACAACAACGGUAUCUCAGAGAGCGACUGGACCUGGCCCACAUCACACACGUACACACGCAAACACAUUCCCACGUUUGAAAGUGUGGCCGCUGAGAACUGCCGGAGCUGAGAUGGCCGUGACAGGGGCUGAAGAUAUGCCACGGCAGUUCCCUAAGAUUGCUUUGAGUGAUGUGGAUGAGGAAGUUCGUCUGCUAGCAGAGAAGGUGUAUGCUUCAGCACUAAAGGAAGAGGACACUCAAAAUGUCCUGUCUAUGUACACUGUCCCCGAGGACUGUCCUAUCGGCCUGCAGGAGGCCAAACAGAGGGAGCUCCUCAGAGAAUUGGCUGAACAACAGUCAGAGGAAAGUGCCAAGAGGAAGAAGAGUUUAAAGAUUAUUCGAUCUCAGUCUAUGUCACUGCAAAUCCCAUUACAUACGGAUAGUGUCCGUGGUGUGGUGGCCCCUCUUAUGUCCCCUGCCUCUACCUGCUCCUCCAUCUCCCAAAACUUCCCUGAGUACCAAAGAGUCACCAUCAGUGGAGACUACUGUGCUGGGAUUACAGUUGAGGACUACGAGCAAGCAGCUAAAAGUCUCCUAAAAGCUCUCUUUAUUCGAGAAAAAUACUCAAAACUGGCAUAUCACCACUUCCCUCGGGCCACUGCACAGUUCCUACGUAGUGCUGCAAAUGAAAGUUGGAGAGAAGAAGAUGAAGUUCUUCCAGAUAUCUGCCCCCGCCCAGGUGAAGGGGAGGACCCUUACAGCAUGGAGAAUAUUCCAGAGAACCUCAACUAUCAGAUGAAGAUGAAGGAUGGCAUUAUUUAUGUAUAUGAAAACACUGAAGCUCUGAGCAUGAACAACCCACGCUGUCUGCCUUACCCAGACCUGGAAACAUUUGCCAUUGACAUGAGUCAUGUGCUUGCCAUGAUCGCUGAUGGGCCCACUAAGACCUACUGCCAUAGACGACUAAACUUCCUUGGGUCAAAGUUUUACUUACAUGAAAUGCUCAAUGAAAUGGCAGAACUAAAGGAACUCAAGGGUGUCCCUCAUAGAGACUUCUACAAUGUCAGAAAGGUCGACACACAUAUCCAUGCAGCAGCAUGCAUGAGCCAGAAACAUCUGCUCAAUUUCAUCCAAACCAGCUAUAAAACGGAUGCAGAGAGGGUUGUACUGGAGAAGGCAGGGCUGAAACUAACUCUUAAACAAGUGUUUAACAACUUGCACAUGGACCCUUAUGACCUUACUGUAGACUCUUUAGAUGUUCAUGCCGGCAGGCAAACAUUUCAUCGCUUUGACAAAUUCAACUCGAAAUAUAAUCCAGUAGGAGCUAGUGAGCUACGGGAAAUCUACCUGAAGACUGACAACUACAUCAAUGGCGAGUAUUUUGCUCGCUUGAUCAAGGAAGUAGCACAUGAUCUGGAGGAGAGUAAAUAUCAGCAUACUGAACCGCGACUGUCCAUUUAUGGCCGUUCCCCUGAGGAGUGGGAAAGCCUCUCCCAUUGGUUCAUUCAGCACAAAGUGUACUCUCCAAACAUGCGCUGGAUCAUUCAGGUGCCUAGAAUAUAUGACAUUUUCAAGUCACGUAAGUUGAUUCCCAAUUUUGCCAAGAUGCUCGAGAACAUUUUCCUUCCUCUGUUUGAGGCCACGGUGAAUCCUCAGAAGCACAAAGAGCUCCAUGUAUUUCUAAAAUAUGUGACUGGCUUUGACAGUGUGGAUGAUGAAUCCAAGCACAGCGAUCACAUGUUCUCCUAUAAGAGUCCCAAGCCUGAGCAGUGGACAACAGAUGACAACCCACCUUAUAGCUACUACCUCUUCCAUAUGUACGCCAACAUAAUGGUGCUCAACAAUCUCAGGACAGAACGUGGCCUUAGCACCUUUCAGUUUCGUCCACAUUGUGGAGAAGCUGGUUCCAUCACCCACCUCGUUUCAGCGUUCCUCACCGCAGACAACAUCUCUCAUGGACUAAACCUGAAGAAGAGUCCCGUACUGCAGUAUCUGUAUUAUCUUGCCCAAGUGCCCAUUGCCAUGUCCCCGCUGAGUAACAACAGUCUGUUCUUGGAAUACUCCAAAAACCCAUUGCGAGAGUUCCUACACAAGGGUCUCUGUGUGUCCCUCUCCACUGAUGAUCCCAUGCAGUUCCACUACACCAAGGAAGCUUUAAUGGAGGAGUAUGCUAUUGCCAUCCAACUCUGGAAGUUGAGCACAUGUGACGUGUGUGAGAUUGCUAGAAACAGCGUCCUGCAGAGCGGCCUUUCCCAUGAGGAGAAAAAGCACUUUCUUGGAGCUAAUUACCUGAAAGAUGGACCAGAGGGGAAUGACAUUCGGCGGACCAAUGUAGCCCAGAUCCGCAUGGCCUAUAGAUAUGAGACGCUGUGUAAUGAACUCAGCUUCCUUGUAGAUGCAGUAAAGUCAGAGGUCAAUGGAUCACAGUAGCUGUCCAGUACAUCUCUGCAAUACCCUCUGUGCCUGCAGAUGCAUGGGUGCAAUUUUUAUUUAGGAAUGGAUGCACAGUGGAUCUAACUUAGUCUUGCUCUGUUUCUCACAUUUCUACCAAGCCUCUCUGUAAACACCAUUGUAUCCUUAUGCAAAUGCUGUUCUCAGACUUGAAGUGGGCAUUUCAAGAAGGGUUUGACACACAUUGCAGUAUGUUAGAAUAGCAUUGUCUCCCCCCUCUGGAUAUAUGUGAACACUAUUCUCAAAACAUUUAUGGCUGUGCAGCAGUAGUUGUGUCAGGCAGACAAGAUGUUUCUGUGGUAAUGAAAGAUGUCUGGAACAUUCUGCUCUCUCUGUCGCUCACUAAAUCACACACACACACAUACACACACACACACACACACACACACACACACACACACACACACACACACACACACACACACACACACACACACACACACACAC